CAUAUAACACAUUCUGAUACGGCACUGCCCCUUUCACACUUUAGAAAGCUCGGCUAAGUAAUGACGUAAAGCUACGUUUCCCACUGAAGAAACAACCGCCGCCAUGUUGGGAUGUGUAUUCUGUACGCUGAUCGUGUGUGCCGCAAUUUAUGGCCAGGUUUCGACGAAAAUAAUCCGAAAUCUUCCAGCAAACUGGAGAGACUUCAUCGAUCCGGAGAUUCUCGCACAAAGUGAAAAUGAUGAUGAAUUUACGCGCUACGACAGCGAUUUGCCGGAAGGCGAUAUUCUGGGACUGCAAACGUUGCAGCUUGAGCACGGAGCAGCAAACGUCGUCAACGACGCCAGCUCUUUCUGGCCCAACAACACAGUUCCUUAUGAGUUCUCCAAAAAGCAGAACGCGUUAAUGAUGCUCACCCGGUUUCGGAAGCCGGCUUAUACUGCUAUGGCAAUUGCGAAUACCACAUAUUUGCCCCACUUACGGAUGACGUAAAUCAACCCAUUCGUGCCGACUCAAGCUGAGGAAUGAUAGCGGGCCGUUGGCAUCGGAGCCAAUUCGCUCCAGGCGUUGCCCAUGGGAUCGUAACAGAACGCGCUGUCCAUCGGCAUCAGUUCUUCCCUUCUGGCGGACUUCCAACCACCGAACGCGUACAGUCUGUCCUGACAGAUGACCAGUGCCAUACUGCGCAUCUGAAUGUUCGUCUCUUGCAAGAAAGUAACCGAUGUACGUUGCCAGCAACCGAACGCUUCGUCAUAGCAUUCGAACUGCAGAUGGUAGGUAAUGGCAGCGUAUGUCAGCAUACAGUAUCUCCCGUUUAAGAACGCUGCGUACUGGAAGCAGUGAUGGAACUCAGCGGUACAACCGCUCAGGCCUUGGUCGGGCAGCGCAGUCCAUUGGCGCUGGCCCGGCUCGUAAACGUGGAGGCGGUGGCAGACGCGCACAGCCACGCGAUUGCCGGGGGUCACGAUGACGGACGGGUUUAGGUCGCUCCGCAAUGCCGGACACGACGAAAGUGGCCUACAAGAAUUUCCCCAUCUCGGAUAGCAGCAGCCCUGGCAGAUCGUGGGCGAACCGCAGCAGUCGGUACCGUAAA